CGCCGCGUAAACGAAAACCGCCAGUAGUCAUGUAAGCGAUGGAUGAUGGCCAAGCGAUUUGGCGGAUUGACGUCCAGCUUAUGGCACAACCGCUAAUUUUUACGUAGGAUCUUCACUACCAUCGAAAUCUUAAAUGGCUGAGAAGUAAGUUUUACAUAAUCAAUCAUCCGUUUCGGCUCUAUUUCUCAAGAGGUCGUGUGAAGGCAGCGAAUUUCCCACCGAUAGGGGGUUAACCUGCUCGGAUGAAAUAAAUACGCCUGUUCAUGAAUUGACAAAGCAAGUGGUAUUUUUUCCUUUAGUUGGUUAUUUGCUCAGUUAGGACUAUGUAGGAUUUGAGAAUAUGAUCUACCGGUGUUGAAAUGAACGAAGUGUUUUUGGCGUCAAGCUUGGUGCGAAGAAAAUUGAAUGAACAAUCAACGACGAAAAGUAGGAAAUUGUACAUAACUCGGAAUAACGUUUAUAACAUUACAACUAUUCUAGGUACAUGAUUUACAACAGAAGGCAUCUUCUAGCUUUUGACUAUAUUUUAAAAAAUUCUAUAUGGUUUCUGCAGUCUUCGCGUUCUGUUUGGUUCUUUCAAGUCGCUUCGAUUCCACUCAAGCAUAAAAUUUGCUGGUGUCAAUUCAACGCACUCACUCGAAAAGACAACCGAAUUAUCUCUGAUUAGUACAUCUAGCUAUUCGACCAGUUUCAAUCACUCCACAUAAUUUCGUUAGUGCCAAUCGAAGCAAACAUAUUUCCAAGCAAGAUAGAACAUAUGUUUCUCAAUAACAUUGUGUAUAAACAAAAUUGAAAUUGCCCGAUCAACCUACAAACCAUACGCAAAGUCUCAUAACUAUAAUUUCCAAAAAUUGCGUCUAAAAAAUUUUAUUCGGUUUUGCGUUAAGAUGCGAUCGAUCGAUUAUAUAUUUUUAAUAUCAAAUUUGUGCUAAAAUUGAAGAAAAUGUUCAAAUUUCUGUACGAAUUAUUAAGUCGGAAGUUCUUAGAAAUGUAUUUGUUCAAGAACAAUUAGAUCUAUCUUCCAAGCGGCUUGUCACGAAACGUUCAUUUUAGCAAGCAACAUGUGCUUAAAAAUGAAAUGUUAACCCUCUUAGUUCGCAUGUUCAGCCGAAAACACAAUGUUUUGGUUAUGUUACACCCGUUGUAUACACUUAAUUUGUUAAUUAUCGAUGGACAAGAAGGAGGUUGUUAAUUUUCAAUGAGGUGCGGGUGAUAUACUGUAUAAUGUAAAUCACACUCGAGUACACGAAUACAAGAAUAUAUUCGGCUUCUUUUACGACACGCUUCAGAUGUUAUUCAGCUUAAAUCUUACAUCUUUUUUUUUAAAGUUUUGAUUGCUAAACUUAGAACAAUUUGUUUUUUCUAUUUCCGUACCUUUUUGUUUUCAUCAUGUUCUAAAUUGUUUUAACCUAGUAUGCUUGUAAAUUAUUUAUCUUAUGAGCCCUAAAACAAAUUAUGAUUUCUUUGAUAUGGUGCUAAUUGAGUUUUCAAUGUUGUUCAUUCAAUUUUGCGGGUUGUUUUUAUUGAUCUUAGAGCACUGCCAUCAAUAAGUUUUUUCAAGAUUUGUGAGUGUUUUCAAUCCUUGAUUCAAUCUAAGAAGCAAUGAAUUAGCUUUUAAUUUGCAUUUUACAUACAUUUUAGUUUCUUAGUUAAACUCUGCAUAAUGCCAUUUUUGAGAACUAUUAUGUGAUAAUUGUUUUUGCCUUUUAUGAAUACAAUUACAUGUUUCUUCUAGAGUCACUUUUUUGGGAAAUAUUUCUAUUCUGAGAGAUUAAAUUUUGCUUAAAACUGUGGGAAAUUUGCUGCCUUCAGGUCCAUCUUAAACUCUCUUUAACCCUGUUAGGAGAGAGCUGAAACACAUGUGCACAUGUUAGGAGCUUUUGUGGGUUAAUGAUUCAAAUUCUAGCAACAGUAGACUAAAGUGGCAGAAUUUUGAAAGCGAAGAGAUGGUGUAUUUUUUCUCUAGGCAAAGAGGUGAACAUGGAGGUUAAGGUUAAGCUCAAAGCUUUUGCUGGAGACUAUUCUUUAACAGGGGUACAAAAUACAUUUUGCACACCAUAAUUUUGUCCAUGCACAUUUGCUGAAAUUUAGCUACAAACUAUUGUAUUUCAUAUGCAAGAAUGCAUUUUGUGCAGAUUGGGCUAAAACAAAUUAUCAAUAUGCGAGCUGGGCAGUCUUCAUCUCUGCUAACAGCAGUUUCAAUGGAUGAAGGAUUUUAAGGCUUUCAACAUGUUUACACCCACUGCCAAAUCAAUUUACACAAUACUGUUAAUCUGGAUUUAUAGGUGUAUAUGUGAUCUGUGGAGAUUUUAUUCAGCUCUGUCUCCCAUUAGUGGAUGAAUUGAAAAAUGAAUACUGUUGCUUGUUGCUACAAAUUUUAGUUGACCAAUGUUUCUACUUUUAUUUUGUUUUUGUUGCAUGUUUAUAAAUGGAUUUAGCCCCAAAAACACAUUUUUGGUUUACUGAAGGUGAUAUAAGACAGAACUUGCAGAAACACAACCUCUUUUGAUAAAUGGCUGCUGAUAUUAGAACAGGUGGCCUUUUCGAUAAAGAAAAGCCUGUAGCUUUUAUUAAAAUCCCUUUGUUCUUAGAAUGUAUAAUUACCUGUGUGUGCAUGUCUUUAUCAGUUUUCCAUAUAUCUUAUGCCCAACAUGCUUGUUACACAUGAACUAAUUGUGGUCUUAACAUCAACUUUUAAGGUCAGACUGGGUCGAAAUUAUUGAGCCCCGCACAGGGGACCCAAUGUAUGCCAACCUCAAAAGUGGCCAGUGUUUAUGGGAACCUCCUGAUGGAGAAAGAGUGUAAGUUGAUUCACUUUAUUUCAGAAGGCAGCUCUUUUAGCUGUCAUGGGUAGUAGGAGAAAAUUUGGUAUUUAGAUAUGAAAUUAAAAUCAUAAUUUAGUGAUCAGUGUCUUGAGUCCUGAAUCAAGCUGUGUAUAUUAUUUUAAUUUUGAAGUGUUUAUGGUCUUGAGUUAAAUAAGGUAACUUUUUCAUGGGUAGGAGGAUGUCAUUACAUUGCAUCAAAUGUGCUUUUUUUCUUUUGAGAGAUGUAAGUGAGAGUUUCUUUAUGCAAGAGAAACAAUGGUUGUUAUAUUAACUUUCACCAAUUUAGUACAAGUCUGCUUAAGUUUUUACAAGCAACUUUCCAAUAGUCAUUUUUAUGAAUUAACAACAAACGAUAAGAGACCUUCAAAAGUUGGGCCUCUUAACAUGUGAAGUGAAGGUCUCUUUUAUGAACAAGCAACAAUUGUAAAAUCUUGGAUUUGUUUGAAAAUGCAGAAGGAAAGCAAAUGACAGCCAAUGGUGGGAGUUGUAUGACCAGAAAACACGACGCUACUACUAUUACUGUGCUGGAACACAGACUACAGUUUGGCAUAAACCUAAAGAUUCUGAGAUAAUUCCACUUGCCAGGCUACAGGUGAGCUAUUGUAUUCUUAUUUUACACUGAAGUAGGACUUCUUUCAGAUUUCUUUCUCACUUCCAAUUCUAUUUUUUCCUCCCAGCCUUUCCUUCUUUAACCGUUUCACUCCCAAGAUCUCCUUGUAAUUCUCCUCACUGUCUUCCAUACAAUUCUUACAAUGUUGGUUCAGAGAAUUUUGUAUUGGACAAUAUAUAAACAUAAUUAUAAUUCUUGAUAUAAACAAUAGCCUCUAUUUGGGGCAAAAUAUGCACAGAUAUUUGUCUACAGAAAUUAUCUGUUCCAAGAUGCAAAUAGUUUUCCUUGUGCAAAGCUUGAGGAAAACUGUGAGAAUCUAGGGACCAAUAAUGUCUAAGGACAAAUAUAUGAGAUUAUUUUUGUGCAAAAUAGAGGCUAUUGUGUUCAUUAUCCUUCAAAUAUUUUGCAAUGCAUUUAAAAUAUUUUUACAAAUAGCUUACUGUAUGCAGCAUGGGAUGAUUUCAAUUGAGUGUUCUCUGGUAUGAACAAAAUAGAUAUUUCCUUCCUUCUGUAACAUCCACAAAACAUGCUCUCAUCUUAAAUUAAAUUUUAAACAAAAACCACUCGUAGAAGACGUAUGGUGUGAAAAAAUUGGGAAUUUAGCUGAGCAUGUGUAAACCAAUGGUGCGUGAGCAAAAAUAUUUAAUGGAUAAUAAUUUUCGGUAUUCCUGUUGAUUGUCUGCUUGGUGUUGUUUUGAUAUUGUAAGGAAAAAUUUUGUGAAAAAAAAUUUUUGUUGCUGAAAACUUUGGUAUGGCUGGCUUUUUUUUUCAACUUUAUGCCUUAGAAUGGGUGAUAGGAAUGAGUAAUUGCUGACAGAAUUCUAACAUGACUAUUUUGCAUUUUCAAUAAAAAAGACUCUGAAAGCAAGGGAAAAACGUAGGGCAGCUAAAGCUAAAGAAUUGGAAAGAAAGGAAGGAUCAACAAGGCGUGAAGGCUCAGAGAGAAGAAGGAGAGAUGGAAGUCUCAGGAAAGAGGGUAGCAGUAGCCAUGGCGAUGGUUCCUCAUCAAGGAGGGAAAGUAGUAGAAGAAAGGAUGGGGUGCCAAGGGAGGGAUCUUCCUCACGUCGACAUGGAAGCAGUAGGGAGAAGAGAGAAAGAACAAGCUCAAGAGAGCAUAAGAAGAAUGAUGCAGAGGCUAGUGCAAAGGAUGAGGUUUUGGAUGACAAACAGGUAAAAAUGUAGCAACUCAAUAUCAUUUACAGUUCAAUCUGUUGUUAAAAAACUUACUGGUGACAAAGGAAAAUUCUUAGAGAAGCGAUGUUUUAAUGUUAGUGUGUUAAUAGCCAUCAUAAAUCAGAGGAUUCUCUGGCAACCUUUCAAAAUUCUUUGGCUAAACUAUGGUGGACUUAAAAAUUUCUCCUGUGACUUAUCAAAUUCCCCUGUUGCUAUAACUUUAUAUAUCAAUCCUUGCACCUUAACAUCAGUAUCCAUUUUCUCCUUACUCUUCUGUAUACAUUUCCUCUUGUAUUGACCAGGAGAAUUCAUUUAUUCAACAAUCCAAGCUUCCUAGGUUGCCAGUCAUUUUCUUUAUUUUCAUCAUCUUUAAGGAAUACUGUAGGGAGAAAUUAGAUGCUGGUCACUCUUAGGGUUUGAAGGGGUAAUGUCAACCAUACAAUCUAAUGUAAAGGGAAAUGUAGAUUUACAAAGGCAUUCAAGCCAAGAGAAUAAAUGUAAUAAAAAAAAUUCAAAUUAAAUCUGUUCAUAAAAGUUUUGAUUUGUCGAUGACAGUCAAAUACUGGAGAUGAAACCAUCCUGAAAGCCACCCCUGUUGCAAAUGGAACAGAUCAGGAGCCUGAUGAAGAUGAACCAACUGAACAAGCUGCUGAUGAAAGCUGCAAAGAGGCCAGUGAAGAAGAUUCAGGCGUUGCUGAAACUGACUUGGAUAAACGGAAAUCACCCGAGCUUCCUCUACCAGAACUCGACAUGCCUGCUCCCAAUGUACCUUGUGGUGAUAGUGGAGAAAGUGGAAAGGGGACUAUUACAGAUGAUGAAGGGCAAUUAACUCCAUCAGGAACUUUGUCGCGGCAUACACACUUAGAUGAGUUAGUGCUCAGAAAUUUUGGCUAUUAUAGAACGUUCAAUGCCAAAUAUACAUCUACGGUAAAACUUCAAAAGGUCCCUGGUCUUUUUGCAAUAGUUGCAAGGGGAUGAAUUGGUUUGACCUUGUAAAGAUUGAGAAUUGGAGUUGUAAGUGGAUUCACUAGGUUAACAGGCUUAGAGUUGCAAGAAUGAGAAGAUAUCUAACUCCUAUUAAUCUGUAAGCUGUAUUUGCGCAGAGACAAGCAAAAGUGUAACAAAAUACCCCCCCAUUUCAUAGAGUUCCCCUAUGUCCCUUUUUAUCUGCAUGUGGUUUCCUUAACCAGGGCAGCAACUAAGAAACCUCUCUUUGGUCCAUCGACAUUCAUGACAUGUUCCUUUUUUUUAUUAGCUCCUGUGAUGACCACCUGAGUCCCUCUGGAACUAUUGAGCGAGCACGGCAACUGGUGGAAAGUGCAUCCAGAAGCAUUCUAGCCAAUAGCGCUGCACAGAAGUUAGACAGAGACAAUGAUUCUGUAUUUGUUGAUAGCAGAAAGCCCAUUGUCUCUAAUAAAGGUAUCAUCUAUAUCUUUGAAAUUUAUCUGUAGUUUCAAUUUAUUUACAGGCAGCACUGCCUAUUUUUCAGAGAAGACGUUAUAAUGUGAUCAUUUGUGAAGGUGAAAGUUUUAAGCAACUGCGUUUUAAAAGGUCCUUUCCCGUUUUAAAACUCCCAUCGAUAUUGUUAUUAUACUGUGGACUAGAAAUAUUAAUCGUUCUGCCCGCCGCCCAAACUAUUUUGAACCAUCAAACACCUUUGAAUAAUCAAGGGAAUCUGUUAUUUUCAUAAUCACAGGACACCAGGAUAUUUUAGAUAAUUCUCUGAGCAUUAAACUCAGGGCAGGUGGGAUGCCAGCUACCACAGCGCGCCUUGUAGAGGCCUGUGCACCACCUACACUUAACGAGAGUCAGGUAAGUAUCCGUUCCCUCAGGCAUCAGAGGCAAGUGAGCGACAGUGUGCUGAAAGAUCUGAGAGAUGAUGACGAAGACGAUGAUGAUGAUGACGAGAUGGAAACAAAGUCAGUGGGGGCACCGAGUACUUUGCCGCGCCUUAGUCGACCAUCUUCGAUUGCCUCACCAGUCACUGGCUCGUCGAAACACAAUACCUUGGUAUGUUGAUUUUGAGCCUUUCCAACCGCUUCACUUCGAAGAGCCUGGAGUUGAUUCUCCCAACUGAUUGCCACAACUUUCUUUGUUGGCUAGUUCUGAGAAUUUGGCGUUUCAUAAAGGCAGUGACCCAUAUUCAUGAUAACGUUUUAUUACUCGUGGCAAAGAAUACUUUAUUUCGUUUAUCGUUGAAGUAUUAAUCCUCAUUCCUGACUCUAGUCAUAUCUUUGAAGUUUGGUACAUGGAGAAGAUGGUCACAAAUCAAGAGAUUUACAGAAAAAUUGGAUUGUAUUUUUCAGGAACGUUCACAUUCCAUCCCUGGUUCGAAGCCUCCACUCAUACGAGCUCUUGGCGCAUAUGAAGAGUACUUAAGUCAACAUAAGAAAGGUGUCUUCAGACGGAAGAGAAUAUCGUUAGCCAGCAUGAUGUCUUGGUCAAAGGUAUGUUUUUUUUUAGAGUAGCGGAGGAGCCGAAGGACAGCUCCGAGCUCAACAUUUCACAGUCGCCAUUAAGUGACUUAAAAUGCCUUGAUGUAAUAGUCGCCAGAAAUUUAAGUUAAGUCAACUGGAAAAAGUGAAGAUAUCAAUGAAUUUUAUUAAAAGAAAGAGAAAGCCACGUGGCAAUCGUUUUUGGACUUUUACGCAACAAAGAGGCAAAUUUUUUUAAUUAAAGAAAGUGGCUGAACAUUUGCAACAUUUUAUGUUUAUCUCAGUUUAACUCCAGACCAUUUUAAACACUCAAUUAAAAUAACAGUGUAUGUAGCUAGCUUCUUAAUCGUCAAACAUUUGCAGCGACGCGUACGUCUACUGCAGUUCUAGUUCUCAUUAUUUUUGUGCAUGCUGUGGUGACCAAAACGUUGGUAGCCUGGCGCUGCAAAGGGGAGCGGUGAAUUUUCUGCCAGAAAUAGAAUACCUGCAAGCCCAGAACGUAUUCGUUAGAUUCAGAGACUUUGAGGUCGCAGGGAACUAAUAUGAUUCACAAUUAAAAUAGUUCUUCGAGAGAACCAACUGUUACCUAACUUCGCCCUUUUUUCAUUGGCGUGUUUUUGGUUCGAUUAACAGGUGCCAAUCAAAAAACCAUUGAUCCUUAUACAAGAUAGGCAGUUAAAAAAGGACGCAAUUGAUACCUUUAAACUGAUUCUUGGCUAUAUGGGCGAUCGAUCCAUCAAAGGGAAAACUCCAGAGAGGCUGGCUCUAGAACUCACCACAAAGGGUUGGAACACUCCUGUAUUACGGGAUGAAAUUUACCUUCAACUUUGUAAACAGACCACUGACAACUUUAGGCUGUAAGUACUUUUUAAGAAACUGGUGUUUUGGUUGGUAUCCAACAUAGCAGACCAAUACCCAAUCAUGACAACGACCCAGAAAUCAGAAGGGAGUUUAGUAAUUAGUCGAAAAUGAUUAUGCCUUUUUUUGCGAAACUUUUACUUAAGUUUUUACCAACGUCCAUCUUUAUAAUGGAAACUGUAUGCCGUAGGAAUUUACUGGUGUGAUUGGGUGUGGCUGGUCUACAACGAUAUUUUGUGGUCCUAUCAACCAGUUCCGAAUUAAGGUUGGCGCCUUAAGUUGUAGUUCUGUUGUGAAGUCGUCGAUAGAAUUUGUUCUUUUAUUAUAUUUUAUUUAUUCACGUCUACAUUCUUUUAGGGAGAGUUUGCGCAGUGGCUGGGAGCUGAUGGCAAUUUGUCUCGCUCUUUUUCCUCCUUCAACUAAGUUUUACUCCUACUUAGAUGGGUAUCUCAAUAAAAACUUGGAGGACAUCGAACGGAAAGAGGUCAGUCCUCGUAAAAAGAAAAAUAAUCGGUAGCUUGCGUUGCUGGCGGUUUUUCCGUCAUUUGGUGAAAAUUAAGGCGGCAGUUUAAAGGACGGAAGUAAUACCGUGGGAACGACGGAAAACCCGUUUUGUAGUUUACUCCUUCCCAUUCCUCUCGCAGCUUCCCUGGCUCAUUUCUGCGGAAGCGCCGCUGAACCUCUCACAAAAUCCUCAGAUUUGAAACCCCCCCAAAAAAAAAAAAAAAAAAAAAUAAUAAUAAAAACAAAAUACAACACAACAAAACAAAAUUAGAAAAAUGAAAAGAAAAGUUACAAAUAAAGAUCAACAAUAACAACAACAAUAAGUAUCGAUAUAAGUGAUGUUGACUUAUAUUGGAACAGAAACAACCUAACGACUGUUUCAACUUAAGCAAUUCUCUAGUUUUACUUUCCUUUCUAUUCCGUCCCAUGCCCACGGCAGUUAGAUUAGAAAUCUCUCUUUUCAGUUUUCGCAGCCUCCAAUUACAUUGAGUCGGUUAACAUUUGUUCACCAUAAUUAUUUGAUUAAAUUUCCUGUUGUGUCUGAAUGUUGUUUAUUUCAGAUCUCUUUAACAUACUAUAUCAGGCAUUGCUCCGUGAGACUCAAAAGAAUGGCUAGAACUGGUGCCAAGCGCGGCCUCAGGAAACCAAGCAUCGAGGAAAUUCAACAGGCGAAGGUAAUUCGGCGAAUAAAAUAAACCCAUUUAUGAAGAAGAGCAGAAUAUUUUAACUCAGCUCAUCGUCGUUCGUGGGCACUUUGCAUCGAGGUUGUUUGACUUCCUGUAACCAGCAACCGCUACUGCUGACCACAUGUUGGCUGGCACAAGAAGUUUUAAGCAUUUUGAAAUAAUUCUUGGGUCAAAGCAUCGUGUAUUACAUUGUGGUGGUCCUAGCCUUUAAGAAAACAACCUUACUAGUUAUAGGGAUUACUUGAACCGAUGAGAGUUUACAAGCGGAAGCGUUAGAAACAACAACUACAAAGCUGAAUUGCAAAUAAAAGACGGACGUUUUCUUUCGGAGGGAGAGGGAGAGAGGUAUUCGUUUAUAUCUUUUUGUGGGACUCACUAAGCCUCCUAGUCUGUAUUGAAAAAAUCGCAGAGAAAAGCAAGAAAAAAAGAGGAAAAAAUAAAUACAAAACAUAAAACGAAGGAUGUAUACGUGAAAUAAGUCACAUUUUGAUCGUUGGAUGAAGACCAGCAGCGAAUUGAUCCUGACUCACAGCGCUUCAGAGCUCAGUCACCAAAGUGAAAGCCCUUUUGUUUCUUCGUCAUAAUCUUCUGUAUCCUUUAGGCUUUCUAGAUGUCUUGUCUUGUCUUGGCUCUGAAAACUAAUUCGUAACUCAUCAUUCACUUUUUAAAAGAAAAUUUCUUUUAUAUGUAUUUUAUUUGUUUUUCUGGUUUUUUUUUUAUUCCCAGUCCUCCGUGUUCCACCCAUCCAUGUUUGGUGCCACCCUUGAGGACAUCAUGGAGGCGCAGGCCGAGCGUUUCCCUUCACUUAAACUGCCAUGGAUUUUACCAACCUUGGCUGAGUCGGUGCUGGAGCACCAAGGUGCUUCAACGGAAGGUAUUUUCAGGUAAGGUAGAAAGUAAGAAAUAGGAAAAACAGUAUCCUUGUUUUUUUGGCUUCACUUGACCCACUUAGUUGUCGAUUUUGUUGGAGGUCUUCGCCUUCAUUUUCUCAAAGGGUCAACCACAGAGCCUGUGCGGCAGGUCUUUUUGUUUCUCUAAGCAGGAGAAGUGUUAGCGGAGCGGGAGCUGCUCGAUACCGUGAGGCGAAAGCGACCCAAAAAGGCUACGAGCAUAUGGGAGGAGUAGGAAGGAAACCUUGUCGCUUCGCAGCACACGCUCCGUUCUCGCUUCUCACGCUUGGAUAAAAGGAAACGAAGUGGCUGCUACGCAUGCUACAACAAUAGUGUCGGUUUCGUAAGCGUUAUAUGGGCUUCUUUCAAAUGGGAACCCGUUUACAUCUUAGUCCUAACCUAAGAAAGUUGUAUUUUAAAUUGACAAAUAAUGAAAUAAACAGCGCGCACGAGAACAGAGAGUGGCGUGAACAACACCAACUAGGUGACCGUUUUUCUUUGUCUUCACAGGGUUCCUGGAGACAUCGACGAAGUAAACUCCCAGAAAAUCAGGCUUGACAAAUGGGAGGCUCCCACUGGAAUUACAGAUCCCCAUGUACCUGCGUCACUUCUGAAACUUUGGUUCAGGGAGCUUCACGAACCUCUUAUACCGGAACUGUUUUAAUAUCCUUUGAAAUGAAAUUAAUUUCGCAGUGUUAAGUGCGCUGAGUCUUUAGUCUGAUGCACCAACAGUGAUUGUGGUCACGUGGGAAGUAGCACGCUGGACAUUGAAUCGAGAGAUCUGGGUUCGAGCUUUGGCUAGCCAUGGGUUAUUGUAUUGUGGGGUAAUUGUAUUAUCGAAUGAGUUGAUAAUGUAAAUUGGCCGCCGUUAAGAGUUUCAAAGCUGACAUUUCGAGGGUUAGCCCUUUGUCAGAGCGAAACUGAAGGAUUAAUGCUCAAUAGGUUAGCUUUGAAACUCUUAACGGCGGCCAAUUUAUGUUAUCAACUCAAGUGACAAAGUUAAAUUACCUUACACUCACACCGACACAGCACUACAGUUUCUUUAGAAACUUACGCCUUUUUAUUAAUUAUAUUGUGGUCUUGAACAAGGCGUUAUACAUUUAUUAUUAAUGCCUGUUGCACGUCAUGUUUCCUUGACUCGUUCCUACUGAAAGGUGCGUUAACAACUGUGAUGACGCUACAGUGGCUGUGGCACUUGCGAUGUCUCUUCCUGAAGUCAACAGACUCGUCCUCUCGUAUCUUAUUAGAUUUUUACAGGUACGCAUGUGUAGAGCCUCUCUAGACUCAUUAUUCUCUUUGGUUAAUUUACGCUGAUUUGCUAACCGCUGUGCACAAUAGUUAAGUUAUUACCUAAGAUCAUUUACCGAGCAAAAUGUGGGGAAAGAAUUGUACUCUCCUCUUAUUUGGGAAAUAAGGUAAUUUAUCGGGUGCUCUGUGAUCAAGGGUGACAAACGAUCGAGACCACGACUGUAGUGCUGCUGCAUACAUGGAGUCUCUUUGUUUUCACUUGUUGGGUUUUUUUUUUUUUUAAAUUCGAAUUUCGAAGGCUGGGCGUCCUAAUCCUUAACACCGUUAACACUUGCAUAGUUGAAAACAUUUUUUUUUUGGAAAACUUUCAGCUUCCUUUGUUGUUUGCAGAUUUUCUCACUCCCUCAUAUGUGCGUUAUAACAAAGAUGGACGUAAAUAACUUGGCCAUGGUUUGGGCGCCAAACUGCCUUCGUUGUCCCUCUGACGAUCCCAAGGAAAUUUUUGAAAAUACGCGAAAAGAGAUGACUUUUAUGAGAACUCUUAUUCGGCAUCUUGACGCAACUUUCAUGGAAGGAGUGCGUUAACACACAAAAACAACAGUUCGUAGUGCCAGUCCUUGACUGUGGGACACCGAGACCAAGAUCACACGUGACAACGAAAAGUCUGACAACUGAAUGAGCCUGCGGCUUUAUUUCGCAACGUUGCUAUGCAACGCAAGGUAUUGGAAUCCGACCUCGCGUCAGGGUGUUCAAUAGCGUCCGUCAAGAAGAAACGGAACUCCUCGAAUGCCCUUACUGAGAUUUACCAGAACUCAUGGCUCGAUUGUUCGACUUGUCAAACUGGUGCUCAGCAUUGAUACGAUUCGUCUGGCUGGGAAGUUUGCGCAUGAAAAUUUUGUUGACUCAAUUGAACUCAAAUUCAAAGGCAGAAAAGGUCAAAAUUUACCUAGGUCCGUUAGCUAAAAAAAACAACUACAGAAAACAAUAAAACAAAAAUGAAAAGAAAAUAAGAAGGAUCUACAGAACUGCAAACUUAAGAACACACAGCAAGAGGUUAUCUUUCCAUUAAGCAAAUUGAAGUGUCUAAAUUAUAGCAAACGUAAUCUUGUUGUUAGUCGAAAACAUCGCGGUAGCUUAUGUGAAGAGGCGAAGUAAGCAUUGUAUAUAUCAAUAAAACUCUAAGUAUUGUAUAAG